GAAUGCCAAGAGCAGAUAGCCUGGAAUCUCCAAGGCAAGGUAAGGCAUAACAUUUAAAGGGCAUUAUGCAGGUUCUAAAUGAUGAGAGGCAUGGCAUUGAGGACAGGGAGACAAUCAAGGGAGGAUAAACAGGGCUAUCAAGGGAGAAUAAACCUAGGAAGGAGCAACAUUCAGCAUGGGACUAGAAAAGGGGGUUUUGACAACAGGAUGAAUGUGCACUGGCAGAAGCAAAUGAGACUGGAUGAAGGUUUUUUUUUUUUUUUAAAUUUCUUUACUAAAAUGAAAAUUGGUGGAAAUGAAAAGUAAUUUCAAUGUAAAUUUCAUAAUUUCAGGCCAAUACUGUUGAAUUCAAAACAUUUUCCAAGUUUCCAAGUCAGCUAUGCUUCCAGUUUGGCUAAUUAUGCUUUAAAUUUGAAAUUCAAUUUGCAUUUCUGGCAAUUCUAACAUUAGUAAAUAAUCCUGAUAUUGUCUCUGAUCUGUUCUUAAACAAAAUGCUAGUUUAAACAAGCACGGCUGAAGGGGUAAUGGUAAUAGAAGUCAAGGGUCACUAGAUAAUAACAUGGUGCCUAAAGUAUGAAUGCUGUGUGCUUUAGUGUAGUCUCUUUAAAACCACAAUAUGAUUUGUGUAGUCUCUUUAAAACCACAAUAUGAUUUGUGUAGUGUCAUUAAAACCAUAAUAUAAUUGUCAUUGCAGAAAGAUGAAGGCCCUAACAUUCCUUGCAUGCUGUUUGUUGAUUGCAUCGUCCAGUAAGUAUCUUCCAACUUUUCAAACACCUUUUAAAAGUCAUUCCAUUCCUAUAUUUCUCCACAAGCUGGGGGAAUAUGGGUGAUUGAAUGAAGACCUGUCUAUAUGAGCGUUCUCCUGCUCUCUUUUGUCAGAGAGUUUUAUACUGAUACAGAGAACUUUAAAUUGAGAUCUACAGCCUGGUCCAUAAAUAUUGGGACAUCGACACAAUUCUAAUCUUUUUGGCUCUAUAUACCACCACAAUGGAUUUGAAAUGAAAUUAACAAGAUGUGCGUUAACUGCAGACGUUUAGCUUUAAUUUGAGGGUAUUUACAUCCAAAUCAGGUGAACGGUGUAGGAAUUACAACAGUUUGAAUAUGUGCCUCAUUUCAUUUCAAAUACAUUGUGGUGGUGUAUAGAGCCAAAAAGAUUACAAUUGUGUCGGUGUCCCAAUAUUUAUGGACCUGACUGUAUACAUUUGCUAGCACAAGGUAUAGAUAACAUUUAAUGCUCUUUAAAAUAAUGAUAUUUUUGUGUACCAUGACACACUUUAAGUACGUUAAAGCAAAGAUGUAAGGCAAUCAUACAUACCUAAGUAAGUGGUAAAUGGGAAUUGUGAUAGACAGACCUACCUCUGACUGCAAGUUUGUAGGUAAGCUAGAAUGUAUAUUUUUUUUACAUUUGAAAUUGCUGACCAGAGCCUACACCCAAUAAAAGCCUUCAAUUUAAUAUUGUUGGAUAAAAUUCUGAAAUGAUUUAAUAUUUUUAAUCAAAUUUAAAAAUGAUUUAAUAUUAUGAAAAAUAUUUUAUUGUUUUUCAUAUUUUGAUGAUUUUUAUAUAUUGAUAUAUAUGUUUUAUAUUUGUUGUUUUGAUAUUUUAGUAUUAUGAAAAAAAGAAUUGUAAAUGUUUGAACACAUUUUAAAAAAAAAUAAUUUGCAAAGCUCAUGCAACAAUAUUAAAUUGAAGGAAUAUUAGGACAAUUAUAUCUUAGAGGGCUUGGGGUGGAGGACAAUUUCUUUUUUUAGGAUGGCCAUCAUGGGCAGAUGACAAGAAUGAGGUGUCUAGGCAGCAAAUGUUGCCACACAUGAAUAAUAUUGCAGGGUGAUUCCCUCAAUAAAUGAUUGGAAUAGAAACAUUGUUUGCAAAACAUUUAGUAUAGAUAUGUAAUUGGAUUAAGUCUUUCUCCAUGAAAGAUUACCUUACCAUUAUCAGUUACUUAAAUGUUUAUUAAUGGGUUAUUGAUAACUUCUACUUAUUGCAAAUUAACUAUCUAUACAUGAUAGUCUACUUCUUAUGUAUGAGAUAUCUGAACUUCUUUAUAAAAUACACAUUUGUAAAAAUAAAACAACAAGAAGCUGGUGUCAUACACAAUGAGUAUAGUCUCUUCCGCUACCCUGGUUGAAUUCUUGAAUUACUCUCUUUAAUCAAUGUGAGCAAAUAGGAGAUCUAUGAAUCCAUCUUACGUCCCAGCUCCCUUGUACGGUUCCAUUUGUGACCUUGUGACUAUGGGUGAUGGGAUAUGACAUUGGGUUCCUUAUACCGUGAGUAUUAUCAGUCUACUAGUCGGAGAACAGUUACAUUUUUGCAGCUUCAAAGGGCCUAUUGAUUUUGUCUCUAAUGUGCUCUUGCAUGUAAAGAUGUUAUCUCUAUUACUCCAUUCCUUCAUUGAUUAACAUAAUAAAGAAUUAAAGAUUGUUUCAUCACUCAUGUAGUAUAGCUUGCAAGGGAAGAGGAAAAUCCUUGCUAUCCUACAGUAGACCACUAUUGAUGGUCUUUAACUUGGAAAGUUCUGCAGUUGUUAAAGGGACAUGUAUCACUUUGAGACAAAUGUCUCAUUAAAAAGAUUUGGCUUUGAAUGAGACAUUUGCCUUACUCCUUAGGAUGAAAAAAACAAGGUAAAUAGUUUUUUUCAAGUUUACCUAAUUCUUCUUUCUUAUGGUUUAAACAUAAAAACAGCAGCAGAAGUAGGAGUAUUUUACCAUAUAGGUCCCCUGAAGUAAAAGCAAUAUAUAAAGAAACCGUUAAUUGUAUAAACUGCUUGGCCACACACAUUUUCAAUGUAUUUAAUGAUUAUGGAGAUUUAUUGGAAAAUUGUCAUACUAAGCUAUUUCUUUCUCUUCUUUUCACUUUCUGCAGGUGCUCAGUACUGGUGGAACUCCUUUCCUGGAUCAUGGGGGAAUUCUAACUCUGGAGGAGGGGGGUAUAAUUCUGGAGGAGGAGGUGGGCACUCAGGAUCAUCAGGGGGUUAUAACUCAGGAGGAGAAGGGUCAUCAGGGGGGUAUAAGCCUGGGAAUUCAGGAGGAGGAGGAUCAUCAUCAGGAGGCUAUAACCCUGGAGGUGGAUCACCAGGAGGUUAUACUCCUAAACCUGAGCCUGGACCUAACAAAAAGUGUGAGUUGAGCUGCAUAACUAUUACUGGAAAAAAGGACACUGCUGAAUGUCCAAGAGGUAAGAUAGUAUUCAAGCCACUUCACUAUCACUAUAUAUCGUAAUCUCCUUCUCCUCUGACAUCAAGUCAACUACCAAACCCUGUUGCUUUCAUAUUUUAAAAAAAUACAGCUUGAAUCUGCCCCUUCCUAAAACCAGAUGAACCUAAGUUGCUCAUCCAUACCAUAGUCAUAAUGAAUAAACCAUGCCAUAAAAUUAUAAUAAAUGCUCAUAUUCUUGCCUUCUCAAACUUCCCCAAGUCACUGCUCUGUCAGUAUUUAAAUUGGCUUCUUAUAGGCUUCAGGGUUCAGUUUAAAAUCAAAGUGGAUGUGUACAUUUCUUCAGAACACUGUCUUUAUCUACCUAUCCUCUCUAAUAAAUAUGUUCUAGUCACUUUGUUCUAUAGGAUACCUGCCCAUGUUCUCUUCCCAUUCUCUCGCCUUCAACUCUUGAAGACCACUUUAAGGAAUUCCAUUCCCCAUUCUGUUACACUUGCCCCCAGUCUUCAUUUCUUCAAAAUUACUGAAAGCUCACUUCUUCAAGAAGACAUUAAUUAAACUGUUAAAGCAACUCUGUCACCUUCAGGAGUCAAGCUCUUUUGUUCUCCUCAGCUGUCACUGAUAUUGGAUGAGGGCUUGACAAGGCUUAACAAAAGGUAUCUCCACCUUUUGUCAAGCUCUGUCAAGAGUAGGAAUAAUACAUAAGACAAAGUUGUCCCUACUUUGUCUUAUGAUAUCUUUUGACUGUAUUCCAACACAUUUUGUGUUUAUUAAAUUCUUAAUUUCAUUCCUUUGGAGGGGAAGGGGGAGAUAGACAGAGCUGUUUCAACAUAGUUUCUUACCCCUUCUUUCCUCAUACCUCCACCAAUCCACUUUUUUCUUCUCCUCCAGCUGCGUUAUAUACAUCUUAUUUUAUGUAUGCAAUGCGUUUUACCUUUUUCGUGUACUCUGCUAAUUUUAAAAUGUAAUGCUCGAGAAUCAUUGGGACACCUGCUUGCACAGUGCAUGUGUGGAAAUCCACUAACAACGCUUCUCAUACUGAAGUAUUGAUAGCAAUGCUUCUCUAUGAGAAGCACCCAUUUUUUAUUUGAAAUCCAGUUCAAAGUGAGUGAAUCAGGAAACCCUUUUUAAUUUGAUUAAAAAUAUAUGAUUACACGUCUUAUAUUGUCUUUAUUUAUAAUGCACACAUAUAAGUGAAUACUUAUUUUAGUGCAUAUCCUCCUUUGCCUUUGUGCCAUCGGGACAAGGUAUUUUUAAGUCCUUUUUGGUCACAAUCACUUCUCUUCCACUGUUUAUCCAAGACAUGCAAGUAAACAGAAUGUGGUAUUUAUUCAUUAAUCCUGGUGUCAUGUGGCAUGAGAACAGGGCCGGAGUGGGAAGAAAAUUCGGCCCGGGCAUUUUUUAAUUACAGCGGCCCACUAAAAAGGGGGCGGGGCCAGAUGAUCACCAAUGACAAGCACACCCCAUCACAAAGUGAGCAUGUUGCUUCAAUGCUCUUCCAGGGUAGACCAUUCGCAGAGCUCUGCUGAAGAGCUCUGGCAUGAGAAAAAUACCCUGUAUUUGUUCUGCACAGUGCAAGCAAAUUUAAUAACAUGCUUGCACUGUGUUUGCUUGAAAUUUGUCUCUGGUGUCUCCAUAGUUGGGAUACCAGGAGACAAAAAUGCCAGGAAAGCAUAUUGCGCAGUGUGUGUGAGGGUGCUCUGUGUGUGUGUGUGUGUGUGUGUGUAAGGGGUGUAGUGUGUGUGAGUGAUGGUUGCUGUGUUUGCAUGAGGGUGCUAUGUGGGUAAGGGUGCUGUGUGUGAGAUGGGUGCAGUGUGUGUGUGCUGUGUGUGAGUGGGUGCUGUGUUUGCAUGAGGGUGCUAUGGUUCCACUCACACACUGGAACCAUGUCCUGUGGUCCGAUAAGACCAAGAUAAACCUAUUUAGUUCAGAUGGUGUCAACUGCAGGGCCGGCGCACGGAUAGCGCCGGCCCUGCAGAGACCGGCAGGAGAGAUCCUGUGAUCUCCCUGCCGGCCUCGGCCCCACGGCCCACCGCGGCCCACCGGGCAUUUGCCCGGUGUGCCCGAUGGCCAGUCCGGGCCUACAUGAGAAUAUAUAAAAGGUACUCUGCACCAGUUUCAGCUAUUCAAAUUGUGCAUUGCCUCUAGUACAGAAGGUGCUUCUGACCAAAGAGGAUAUAAAGAUGGCUGCUCUCAUGUGGUAAGGGUAAGUCAAAAGAUGUGUGGAACAUAGAUAGUAAGCAAAUGUAUGCAUUAAAAUUAAUACACAAAAAGGAUAUAUGAGCAAUCUCUAAGUUUUAAUAAUAACAUAAAAUUGCAGUUUUCUUUUAAAGGAGUCAUAUACAAACCUACUGUCGCUUGCUCUUUGUUUAGUAAAUUACAACUAUGCAAAAUGCAAAGAUGCCGUUAUUUUGUAACUUUUCAUUUUUUUCUGCUAUAUUAGUACGUCACACUACAUGAAUCUCUUAAAGGGACACUCCACUGCCCAAAUAUUUUUAAUCGCUAUUUAGUAGAUAUAGCCUAAUGGAAAAGUGCAUGCAUUUAACUAUGCAUUUUUUUCUUUGGGGUACAUCUAAAAACAGCUUGUGAAAUCUGCAGAUCCUUCUGAAGCUUUUGGAAGCCCCCCUUCUAACCCUAAAUUUUGAUGACCCUCUAUCUUAAGCUCCUCCCCUGACCCUCCCAUAUUCUACCGUUUAACACACCUCUUAGAACACUUAUUUACAGACACACACCAAUACACAAACACACACAGACAUGCAUAGGCAAACACACACACACAGACAUGACACAUAUACAUACAUGGACAGGUACACACAGGCACAGACACACACACAUAGGCACAGAAUGGUAAACAUAUGCACACACAGACAAGCAGAAACAGGCAUACACACACACACACACACACACACACACACGGAGAGUGGCACAGACAGACAGACAUAGGCACAGACACACACAGGAAUACAAAGGCACAGACAAGCACACACAGACACACACAGACAUACAAAUACACAAUAAAAGGAUGUGCUUGUACUUUGCCUUCCUAGACAACAGUUUAGCAGGGUUGGCAGCUGUAAGUCUUCUGUAGGGAGAGCACCCAGCACACCGCGAGCUCUGCACUUCAUGGUGUGCCAGUCUCCUCAUGAAGACUCUUGUAGACCUCUUUAUGGAUCUCCAUUCCCCAUUCUAUUAAACUCGCCCCCAGUCUUCAUUUCUUCAAAGUAACUAAAUGUGACUACAAGCUGUUAGUAGCAUCUUUUAAAGUUGAAUUAACACAAGAUAUACAGUAAAUGUUUGCAAAGCUUUAAUUUUUCUUUAAUGCAUUCUCCUUUUUAUACAGGAUACACCCCGACAAGCUGCAUUUGUGGGAAUGGAUGUAAAGACUUUGACUUUGAGAACGACCUCAAAUGUAGCUGCUACUGUAAUAAUGUGCCAUUCACCAAAGCCCGCUGCUGCAAGGUUGCAUAAAGAGCUCAUCUUUGGCCCAUCUUUCACUUAUUUCACUUCCUUAUUUUUGUACAUUAGUUCACUGCAGA